CCUUAAACCGAAUUUCGUUCAGUUAUUUGCACUUUUAGUCUUUCGUUGGUCUUCCAGCUGAACGCGCAACGCGAGUAAGCACUCGCUAAACAAACAGUUAUUUAACGUGUGUUUUAGUACUUUCGGUUAUGCGAAGCACGUAAUUGAAUUGGACCGGGAGCGUCUGCGUGGAAAAAAACAACACUUUUACAAUUAUUUUUGAAGAAGUUUUGAAGAUUUCUGCGUAGCUAUGUGAGAACAUUCUUAAAUUCUAACAUUUUAAACAAAAUAAUACGAGUGUAAAAUGUUUUGGAGUACGACUCUUAUUUUCGGCAUAACAGUUCUACAAAAUGCGCACAACGCUCAAGCAAAAUUAUGGCUUGAACAUGCUCCUAGAUCAGUCGAGCUGUUGAACAAUAUCUUGCCACCUAACAGCGAGAGUGUAAACUAUAAUGUUUAUUCAACCGACAGCAAUGAAGUCAACGUCAUAAAUCUGCAGUUAAUCAAAGGUAAUGCCUAUAAUGACGAUGCUGUAAUGGGUGGCAACGAGCGCAAUGACAAUAAAGAUGACCAACAACAUUCGGUGGGGGAGCGCUUGAAAGGCGGAGAAACACCAGCACUGGGCGUUAAUGCGACAAAAGAAACUGAAUAUUUGCAGAGCAAUGCCACAAAGGGCAGUAAAGAAGAAAACAACAAAAGCAACUGCUUCACUAAAACCACAACAUCAAUAAACAAUAAAAAGCAAGCAAACAUUUUGAGUGACAAUGCAACUAUGAAGGCGACGACCAAAAGUAAUACCGGCAUAUUGGCAGGGCUGUCAAUGCGGGUCAACAAAAAUGAUUUUGUCAAAGUGGAUGGUAAAAAUGAAACGAGUAAAAAUCACAUGGAAACAACAGCGACAACAACACCAACAACUAUCAAAACAAAGCCAAAAACUUCCACAAGUAGCAAACGAAAUAUCAUUAUAGCCAACAAUGGUGCUGUAAAUGUAACGAAUAUGAGCACGAGUGCCGCAUCACCACAGGCGGCCAACACGAAGCUUUACCAUUCAAAUGGGUUCCUCAAUCCAUUCGGACAAUUAGUCGCCUUCUUUGGCAGCGACCAAUUGCAUCUGCAAGACUACACGUUCUUCUUCAAUGCCGAACGGCAUACCGUUUUCCAGCUACACACCAACAACUACAACAAUAUUAAUGAAAAAUCUAACAGCCAGACUGUGGUACGUGUACCAGGUUUGGCCGAAACAGUAGCUGCUGGUAGUGAGCGUGUAUUGAAUGUGGUGACCAACUCGAUUGGCGCAGUAUUUGGCGCAAAUACACUAUCCACAACAGCAGGCGGAACGGCAAAUUCAGCGUCAACAACAGCAACUGGAGCAACAAUGUGCGCCCAUGCCGCGUCCACAAUCAAAGUGGAGGAAGUGCAGCUGUACAAUGGCAAAUCCUUGCGGCAGUCACGUUUCAAUCCUUUCAAUCCAACACGCAUACUCAUUCACGGUUGGUUCGGCGGCGCAAAUGCCGGUAUUUAUCAGACGCUCGUACCAGCUUAUCUCCGACAAGGCGCCGGCAAUUAUAAUGUCUUCACAGUGGAUUGGGGACGUGGUGCUGUUGCGGAUUACCUCACCGCAAGUUAUCGUGUAAAACCUGUCGGCAAAGUGUUGGCGAAAUUCAUCGAUUUUCUACAACGCGAAGCGGGUAUACGCUACCAGGAUCUACAUGUGAUCGGCUUUAGCAUGGGCGCACACAUCGCUGGAAUCGCUGGGAAGCAUAUACAAACCGGUCGACUGCCAGUUAUUUAUGCGCUGGAUCCAGCGUUGCCCUUCUUUCGCUAUGACAACUUUGAUGAACGUGUUGCGAUCACCGACGCCGAUUAUGUGGAAGUUGUACACACGAGUGUCGGUUCGUAUGGUUACGAUCGACCGUUGGGGCAUGUCGACUUUUAUGUGAACUAUGGCAGCGCACAACCGGGUUGCUUUCUAAAUGAAUGCAGUCACUUUCGUGCUUUUCACAUAUUCGCUGAGUCGUUGCAGUCGAAGGCGACACUACGGGCGCAGGGUUGUGAUGUCAAACUAUGGCAGGAUAUGAUUAAGCAUAGAAGGUGUUUAAUGGGCACGGGCAGACAAAUGACGUUGGGCGGUAAUCCAGCGAAUACGACGGCAUUACGUAAACGUGGGGGCGUAUUUUACUUAGCGACUAAUGCGACGCCGCCGUAUGCCAAGGAUGUGACAUGAGGUGGAGAAAAGUGGGCAUGCCUUUUGCUUUGCAUAAUCAGAUAUUCUUUGCGAGAAAUUAAAAAUAUGAAAAAAAGUAUAACAGCAAGCUGCUAUGUGUAAGGAAAAUUAAAAUUGCAAUGAGCUCUAGAAUACGUUUCUAUGGAAUGGAUUUUUUUUACUCGUAGUGCUCUGUGCAGAAAUAGUAAUAAUUAGUAAGCGCGACUUCUGUGACGUUUUGCAUUCAAGCUGCGCGCAUACACAUGCGCGCCAUGGCUUUAAUAAAAGCAAAUCCCCAAAAGCGAAAAUUGUGCACAACAGGGGUGCAGUUAUUUUAACUUUCGCUUAUACGCCUGUUUGUAUGCAAUGCGUUUUUUCGAUGUGAAAAUUGAAAUGGAAAUUAAAAAAUGCUGCCAUGUGUGAAAUUCCUCUACAAAAGCACAUUUAACCCGCAUAUUCAUUAUGACUGGCAUUUCUAUAGUAGCUUUUGGUUGUUGCUGUUUUUUUUUUAUUUUCCCAUUGCUAUGCUAUGUUUUCUU